AUGGAAUUUCCAAACUUAGGCGAGCACUGUUCUGAGAAUAGUUGCAAUCGAUUGGACUUUUUACCGCUUAAGUGUGAUGCAUGUUCAGCAAUAUUUUGUAAUGAACACAUAUCAUAUAGCACACAUAAUUGUCCAAGUGCUUAUAAGAAAGACAUUCAAGUUCCUGUGUGUCCUCUUUGUAAUGCUCCAGUGCCUAUAAAACGUGGUGAUCCUCCAGAUAUUGCAGUUGGACAGCACAUUGAUAAUGAAUGUCAAUCAGAUUUAAAAAAAGCUAACCAGAAAAUUUUUUCUAACAGAUGCUCAUCUAAAGGUUGCAAGAUUAAAGAAAUUGUUCAAGUUCGUUGUUCUGAUUGUGGAAAGAAUUUCUGUUUAAAACAUAGGCAUCCAACAGAUCACACAUGUAUAGGCCAAGAAGAGACUACUCGAAGAAAAAGACUUGAUGCUUUACAAAAUAAUGUAAAGGUAAAUAGAAGAAGUGGUGAAAUGAUCAAAAAUUAUCAGGGUAGUAUAAGUGAGGAUGAAGCUCUUGCCUGGGCUCUUCAAGCUUCUAUGCAAGAAGAAGAUACCGCUAGGCGAAGAACACUCGAAACUGUACCUUCUGGAAAUAGAGAUAGAUGUAGACUCUCUUAA